CACAGCAAGAAAAAGUGGUUUAUUUUAUUGAAUUUUAUACAUAAAUAUUUAAGAAAUGGAGGCUCGCCUUAUUUGCGAGCCUCAUGAUAACCAGCUUGUAGUGCGAGUUCUACACGCUGUGUUAAAUUCGCCAAAAGAAGACGAACCAUUUAUCCCUUCUGAGUUCUUCAACGAGAUGAAGAUGUCUCCUGAAGACCGAUUGGAGAGUUUGUGCAAGAACCGCAAGAACAGGAUCUUGCCAGAACCCAGUCCCUUCCUGGCUACUCCAGAUAUAAUAAUCUUCCAGAACUUCCAGCCGGGGAAGUGGUACAGCGCUACUCUGUCGCUCCAAAACAAAGAACAAUCUUCUAGAUGUGUCAAAACAAUUUUCGAACAAACUGUCCAUUUUCGAUUGUUGCACCCGGGCAAAGUCGUCUGGAACAAAGUAGCCCCAGGGAUGACGUAUCAGGUGGUGAUUUCUUUCUGCGGGGACUCCAACAUAGACUACCUACACCAGAUUACUUUCAUCACUGAAGACGAACAAUUCACGGUACCCAUCCAUGCUUUUAAACCCAGACCUUUGAUUGACUUCCCGGACUUCGUCCGGCUCCCAGAUGUUCCUAUUAACAUGACUUCUGAAAAAAACAUCGUCGUUUGUAACCAUGGUACUGCAGUCGGGUCGUUCAGCAUCGUAGCAACAGAUCCCUACUGCUCCAUCUGUCCAACUAAGGCGGUACUCGGGUUCAACGAAAAAAUCUUCCUCAAACUGAGAAUCAAGACCACGAAUGAAGGCACCGUGAAGACUGCUUUCAUCAUACAGUUUGACGACAACGUCACCUUGAAGAUGUUUGUUGAAUGCAACGCCUUACCGUCUACGAUUGUCGUGGAAGAGUCAUCCAUAAGCUUCCAAGACACGUUUAUAGGUUUACAGCGCCAGGUUUCCAUCAGCAUUGACUACCACGCUGUUGGUCACGGCUACUUCAAGUGGAAGUUCUACCAAGACAGGUACUUCGAGCAGAUGCGGAAGUUACACUUUGAGGAAAUGUUCGAGGAGGUACGAAGCGGUGAAACCCUGAAAAGCGUCCCACUGAGAAGAGCGAACAUCAUCAACUAUGAGGGACACUCGAUGGUGUACCAGAGGAUCUUCACCGACGAAGUCGAAGAAGUGGAAGAAACUGAAGAAUUCCUCUUUCAGAGUCCCGCCUUCUCCAUCAUCCCUCUGAGUGGCGAAAUGGGGAUGAACGGAUGUUUGCUAUUCACGAUAAUUUUUACACCACAGUUUAGUGAAGAGUACAACACUGUUGCCUACUUGGAAAUCGCGGGGAAACAAGAACGCAUACCUUUGAAACUACAAGGUACUGGAUUAGGACCUGAGUUUAAACUAAACAUUGGACACCUUGACGCUAACAACAUCUUCCUUCGGUCGAUUCAUGACUACGAGAUCAUUGUGUCCAACACAGGUCAUAUCCCGGGAUCUCUGACUUUUAUGGAAAGGGAGCUGCAAUUCGGGGGUAGAAUUCAGUGCGAGCCUGAAACUUUGUACGUCAAUGCGGACCACUACAACGCUUUCCUUCUGUCGUUCACUCCGGGCGAAGAAGGACGGUUCGUCGAGAAAGUGGAAUUCGUCAUCAACGAAUCCAAAGAGGUCAUCCACUUCAUCAUGACAGGUAACGUAAUCGCCCCCCUUUUGAACCUCGAAGUCGAAGAAAUCGACUUCGGAAUAGUCGCUUUGGGUUACCGCCAAUAUAAAGAAAUCGCGCUGUGUAACAACUCCCCCGUACCCAUCCAGUACCACAUCGAGAUAAGCGGGGACGGCUACCAAACCCCCAUCGACUGCGAAGCCGAUUUACAAGCCCGCUUCCCGCAGUACCCCAAAGAAUUCGUCUUCAACCCAGUCGAAGGCAUAGUGGACGAAAACUCGAAGAUCGUCGGCUUGUUGCAACUUCUGCCGAACAUCUCCAGGCAACUUAAUACGAAGUUCGUGGUACACAUGUGGGGUUCUAAGAACUACUGCUCCUCGAUACCACUCAGGCACGACUGCAGAGUGGCAAAAGUCAUUUGUACCCCACCCAAAGUCGACAUUAAAUUCUGUUUCAUCAACUACAUCUACGACAGGAAAAUCGUGCUGUCGAACCAGAGCGAACUAUCGUGUCGCUUCUGCUUCAUGCCGAAGCAGAGUGAAGGUGUGGAAGUGCUGUGGUCGAACGGAGAUACAGUGUGCAUCCAGAAGGACGACGGUUUGAUGGUUGAAGUGACAAUAACGAGAAACUCCAUGGAACCUUUUGACGAGGUGACGAUUCCUUUGAAAAUACAAACCCCUCAUGUGGGGUCGCAGGAAAUGCCUUUAUAUUUUAGUAUAUUUGGGAAAGGUCCGGAGGUGCUGUGUCAGGUGAUUUGCAACGGACAAGGACCUGCUGUGUGCUUCACCCCUCCGAAGCUCAACUUCGGACUGGUAACCCUUCUCUGCACCGUCACUAGAGAAAUGGAGAUUCUGAACGACACCCCUAUUCCUGCGACCAUCAAUUUCGUCUUCGAGGGACGUUCUGCCUUCAGCGUGAAAGAACCAGUCAAGGUUAUACCUCCGAGUAGCAAACAAACCAUGGAGGUUUCAGUUUAUUUAACAGACCCUGGUAACACGAAGCAAGUGCUGUGGGCACACGUGGUGAGCGGACAAGAGAUGGCGAUUCUUUUAACAGCGUCUGGAGAAGGCACCAGUAUCAGCUGUCGUCCCAGACUCGAACCAAAAUUAGACCUAGGAACACUCCUAACCUACAAGAAAUUCUCUUAUCCCGUAUUUAUCAAAAACGAAGGUGCCAGAUGGCACAAACUCUGGUUUUCUCGAAGCGACGACUACAAAGUAGCGAAAAAAGCGGGCAAUUCGUCAGCAGGUUUCAGCUCCAUUUUCAAGAUCACCCCGAACUAUUUCCACCUGAUGUCGAAGGAAUCAGAAGAAAUCAAAAUUUUCGGGUCUAGGAAAGAGCAAGGAUACGUUUCCGAGCACUUUUUCUGUCACGCCGUCAUCGAACGCUCCCACAAAAGACACGUAAUUUUUUCCUUCGAGGUGUUCGCCAAAUUCCUGGACCCUCACGUCGAACUAGACAAGACCGAGCUCAAUUUUAAUUUGGACGUUUCGUCGGAUGGGGUUUCGACUUCGUUGCGAGAUAAGCUCAAAAUAAGGAACGAAUCGGGGUUAGCUUUAGAUCUCGACCUCGUCAUAGCGCCCCCGUUUUACAUAGUCGUGGAUGGUAAAGCGGUGGCGAUGUUGUACCUUAAAUUGAAUAAUCUUUCUAAUCGGACUGUCAUCGUGGAGUUCCAUCCACCUCCUCACCAGAAGAGGUGCGUGAGGUACAACCAGACGUUCUACGUGAAUUAUAAGGACCAUUCGAAAGUAGACACUAUUCCUGUUUAUGGUGUAAUAAACUACCCGACUUUGUCGAUCACUCCCCAAGUGGUCGACUUCGAGUGCGUUCCCUUGGGGUCUUCCAGCUAUCGCACUGUCGUGGUUAAAAACAUCAGCAGCGUCCCUGUCAUCUACAAGUGGGUGUGGGUUGAAGACAUCGACGAACGCUUUUACGAAACCUCAGUGAUACCAUCAUCGCCUGACGCCUCCCUGGUCUGCCUCCUCGAAGGCGAAGAAAAAUCCGAAAACACGCUGAAAAGCGAUGCACCAGAAGAAACCGUCUGGAGCGAAGACAGCUGUCACAUCGACGAUAGAGUUCGAGAAAUGCUCAACUCCCUCCUCGAGAGAAUUGAAGAAAACAAAGAAGAGCAAUCCUUCCUCCGAUUUCUCCCCACGACCACUUCCACGCUCAAAUUCUGGGACAUCUUCAACUUGGUGCCUCACGAAGGAUGCCUCGAGCCCGAGGAAACAAUAACAACGUACUUUCGAUUCACCCCGAAACCUAAUACGGAGGUGUCGGCAACCAUUUAUUGCCACGUGGUGGGCGGUGCCAACGAACCCGUCACCCUCACGGGAAAGUGUCGAAAGGUUUCCUACUACCUCAAAGAGACCAUGAUCGAUUUUGGCCAAGUCUACGUCUACGAAGUGAGCGAAAACGAGCUGAACUUGGUCAAUGACGGCGAAGGUCUGUUCAAGUUUGUGGUGUCGGAAGCGUUGCUUCCGCAUGGUUGGUUAACUAUCGAACCGUCCAGUGGGAUUGUGGCACCUGGAGAAACUUUUCCUCUCACGCUGCAUGUAUUUCCCGGGUCGCUUGGACGUUUCGUCACGAGUUUUAACAUAAAAGUUAACUAUUUGGAUCCGGUGACGAUUGCAGUGAAUGGGUUCGGGGUUUAUGCUCAGAUUUACUUCGCUUUGCCGCGACCGGGAUUAACCACCAAAGCUGGGCCCUUCAUUUCGUACUCCGCUAUAGCGGAGUUGGAUUAUGUGGAUACUUGCAGUUGUACUAAAGACUACUUUCCUGAGACGGAUAGACGUAUUUUGGAGGAGGACGACUGGGUUGUGGUUUCUAUGAGCGAUCCAUUCCCCUGUACGAUGGACAUAGAUCUGUCGAUCGAGAGAAUCAUAGCCAAGUAUCAGCUGGAGAAAGACACGACGAAACUUAUUAGCAAACUAGCCGGUGGGGAAAAAUUUUGGCCGGUACCAAACUUUGUUACAGAUCCCUAUGUUUUCGAUUUGGGGUGCAUACAGAUAAAUAGCAAAAAUCUAUACAAGCUGAGUUAUCUUAAUUACGGACCUGGAAAGACCGUGGUUAGGACACACCCGAGUCCUACUUUUAGUAAACACGGAUUUGACUCGCCUUUUGUCAGAUUCAUGAUGGAUCUGAACCAAGUGAGCGAGCUCCUCUUGUCGUUUCAUCCAACGACUGAAAAAUUCCCCGACCUAAACACCCAAGUCACCGAAUUUAUUUACUUAGAACUUAGAAAUAGUGCCAAAGUUCCAGUACAGUUGGAAGUGUUGGUAGCAACGCCCACCGUGGUGGUUUCGGUUGAAGAGGUUGAUUUUGGAGCCAUCAGAUGCGGAGACUGUCUUAGGAAAUCCAUUAAUAUUAUCAACAACGGCUACUUGCGAAGCAACUGGAGGGCGGUAAUAGACGACACCUCGAGAGCGAAGUCAAAACUAAGAUCUUCCUUCUUUCUUCUAAACCCAGAAGGUUCUCUCGUACCUGGCGAGAAGUUCUAUCUGCGUAUCUACUUCGAACCUCAUUACGACGAUUUCUUAACCGCCGACCUUAUCAUCACUGUCGACGGAAAUAACAGACAAACGGUUGUUCAGUUAAAGGGAUUAGGCAUGGAGCCCUUUUUGGAAAUAAUCGAAGAAAGAAUCACCUUUGACCCUAGUAUUCCAUAUUCGCAGGAUAAUGAAAGAUACGUUACCAUACGAAAUGCGUCAAAGUUUCCAGUAGAAUAUUACUUCUCAGAUUUCGAUCCAAAAAUUCUACAGGAAGAAUCUCUAGUCCGGACUUACAUCAUCGGUCACAUGCUCAACAAAGUCUACUUUCCGUAUAGAGCUCCAGGUGAAGAUCUGCCACCCAUGUUUCAGACCUACUAUGACAAUAUACUCCAAGAAAUCGAAGACACGACUUUACAAAGGCGUAGAUCGAACAGUGGAGACAGAAAAUCGAGACCAAUCGCCUCUCCUCUAUCGAAUAGAAGCAGGGAAUUAAGCAUGACGUCAUGGUCUCCACAUUCUGCGACCAAAAGCUUAAACAGAAAAACUGAUCAAGAAAAGGACAACAUCAUUACUAAUUACUUCACUCGGAAACAAAAAAGAAUGACCAAAGACCAUAUUACUGCUACGUUACCAUCAACGAAAAUAACCCCAGACAGUGAAGAACUAUGGAUAGAUCCUCCUGCCAAAGGAAUAUUGAUAGUGUUUCACGGCACACCGCUCUCCCAAUACAUAAAAGCUGCUAACGAAACUGGAAAAGCUCUUAAUUUACCAGUUCGCAACAUCGACUGGCUUAUUGUUGACUGUCUAGUACACAAUGUUUCCCCCGCUGCACAGGAAGUGAAUAAUAUCAUAAAUCAAGCUUUUGAUGGUGCAGAGGAAGAUCCUACACUGGAAAGUUAUGUCUCUGAAGAUACGUUCGACGUUCUUACGAAAAAAGUGCUAAUUCUGCUCUCAGGAAUACCCAAGAAGAAGCAAACAAAACAGAAAAUAGCCAAACCAGAGAAAAAUAAGAAAAAGGGAUCAGCGAAAAACUCCAAAAGCAGUGAAAAGUCUAAGGAGUCAAGCAAAAGUAGUAAAAAAUCUAAAUCGAGCAGUAAAAAGUCCAAGAAAAGCAGUAAAUCCAGUAACAAAAGUUCAUCGUCCAAGAAAUCAAAAGGGUCUUCGAAAAAAGGUAAAAAGAAGAAGGAGUUUAUCAGCGAUACUUUAAUAAAUAUCCCGGAAGAGCUGUUGUUGGAUUUACUGGAAGAAAGUUUGCAAAUUUUCAAACAAGGGUUAAUUAUUGAGAGUCUGACUAGUAAUUUUCUACGUAAAACUAUGGUUGCUCUGAAAUGCCUCUUACAACUUGCGAAAGAUGUGCAAGAGAUUCAUUUCGUCAUCUUCUCGACAACUUUUGAGAAAUACAUGGAAUCUGAAACAAUUAAAGAACAAGAACAAGUACAGCAAGAAAUUAAUCGCUUGGAAGAACUUGAAGGAAAUGUAGACGAAAUGGAUGCAGAGGAAUUUGCACAGCUGGAAAAGGAAUACCCUAAUAUUUAUGUAAACUAUAUCAAAAAACGAAAACACGAUAUAACCAGAAGAAAGGAAUUAGUAAAGCAACGAAAACUAGAACGAGAACGGGCGCUACGACGAUCUAAAGGAAAAGAAAGCGAAGUCAAAAUAUCGUCUAAAUCGAAAAAGUCUGACCGAAGUUUGGGCAAACAUUCAAAUGCGGCUAAGAAAAAAGGUAAGAAAAAGGGAUCGAGUAAGAGCUCCAAAGGAUCAAAAAAAGGCAAAAAGUCGGAGACAAAUUUAACAGAGAGUGGCGAAAAUACUGAAGAAGAUAAAAAGGUUUCUGAAAAAAGUUCCAAAAAGUCUGAUAAAACGAAAGAUUCGAAAAAAACAAAAAGUUCAGAGAAAUCUAAAAAAUCAAACAGUUCCAAGAAAUCCAAAAAAUCAAAGAGUUCUAAAAAAUCUAAAACGUCUUCCAAGAAAUCGGCGAAGCGAAAAAAAGAGACAAAGAAAAAGAAACUCACAAAAAAACAAGCAGAAAUCAAAGAAUCCCUUGAUAGUUUUGAAGAGACUUUUCAAGAAAUCUUGCACACUCUGGAAUUUUGGGACAAAACAAGCAAUUCUGUAAGUGAACCGAUGGUCCUGCCCGUGAAAAAAACGAAAAAGAAGCAAGACAAAAAGACAAAAAGAACUCCAAAAUCUCCAAAAACUACCGUCACUGUACCUACCUCCACAGAAACUUCGUUAGCAGCAGCACCUGCUACAACGAUAUCUUCCGACAUUGGAAUCCCCUGCUGGAUUAUAACCAAUAACAACCUUGACCACGUAGUCGAGAGCUUCCUGCCAGUUCUUAUCAAAGCGACUGUAGACAUGGAAAUUUCUGACGAACAACAAGCGAGAAGCGAUUACAUAGAGCCACUUUUAUUACAGUCCGUUCUACCGAAACCAAAACCCAGAGCGGUCAAGAGAACCGAAGUUUUUGUCAUAACAGAUUAUGUAGAAGAUGAAGAUAAUCAGAGCAAAGUGAAAUUAAGCCCAAGCGACAUAAACACUAAAGCCGAGUCUAAAGUAAGUUUAACGAAAAAGAGAAAGUCCACCAAAGGCAAAAACGCUUCUCAAGUAAUUAAAAAUCUGGGUGAACCAGGUCAAGAAGGGUUCACAUAUCGAGGAAUUCUACAUCCUGGGGAGACGAUCAAAUACAAAAUUAGAUUCUUGCCAAAAGCCGUAGGAAACUACAAGCACCAAUUCGACAUUGGAGUUUUUGGAUCUCCCUUGAAAUUCACAAUUACUUGCGUUGCCUGCUGCGACAUGCCUAGAAUUGACAUGGAUUCAUAUUCGCUCUUCGAUAGAGUCUUGGAAUACAGGACCGAAAAAACUAAAUACACCCGUGACGUUUUCGUACAACACAGGAACAGAUUCGAAUUCGGCGGAAUUUUGCUCCCAAAUGAAGCAACAAACAGUUCUUUUGAAUCGCGGGCUUGCUUCUAUCUCAACAACAUAAGUCGUAUUACUUGCGAUGUGAAUUUUUCCAUACAGAGAGAUUGUCCGGCAUUUCAUUUCCAACCAGACUCACACAUUAUCGAACCUAAAGCUAGACAAGGAGUAACAGUGGUGGCAUCACCUUGUAAAGAACAACUCUAUGACGAUAAAUUGAUUCUUUCAAUCAAGGACAAUCCAAGGAUUGAGAGGAUCAUUGUAUCGUGCUACGGGUGUGAAAUCGGAGUGGACGUUAAUCCAAAACACGUCCUGUUUGAAAGGGUCACCAUGGAAAUUUCGUUAAAGAAAGAUAUCGUGAUAACGAACAACACACCAGUCGAAGUUACAUGGUACUUUGUAGGAUGCGAACAGGUGCUGGAGAACUUCAGAAUAAGUAGCUUUGGUGGAAAGAUAUCACCAUUUUCGUUGCAAACUUCUACUGUUGACUUUACGGCGAGGGAAAUGGAAGUUCGGAGUUCUACUUUUAAGGUCAAUAUCUACGACAGUUGCUCCAGACUGGUUUACACCACGGAGAUCAAAGUCUCUGCCGAAACAACAGCUCUUGAAUUCUUUUAUAACAAUGAGUUGAACUAUGGAGAUAUCAAGGGCUGGAAGUCGCACAGCAUUCAAUUCGACGUAACCAGCAAAGGUCGCUACGAAAUUCAUUGCCAGUUUGCCGAUAUUGUCGAUGAAAACUUGGAAAAUCAAGCCAUAAGGAAAUACUUUACAAUCCAACCAACCGAGGGCAAAAUUCUACCGAACAUAAAAUUCUCUAGCACUAUAACAUUCUCGCCCGAUAGAGUGAUGACUCUAGAAAAAUUCCCGGUGUUCAAAUGUCUUCUGAUCGACCCUUUCCACGAAGUAGUAAUCAAAGCGCUGGAUAUCUUUGUUUCAGCACGAGUGUUUUUGUCGAAAUUCGAAAUAUGUCCCUAUCCCGAAAUUUACUUUGGAUAUCAAGCGGUCGGGCAGGAGAAAUUGCAUACUUGCCAGAUUUUCAACAAAGGAAAAUUCGACUUUAAUUACACCGUCCAACAAUAUGUAAAACAAGCAGAAGUGAAAAAAAAGAAAACUAAGAAAGAGAAAGGAAAAAAACGUUCCAAAUCGAAAUCUGAAAGCAAAUCUAGCAAAGGUUCAAAGAAAUCUAAAACGUCGAAACAGUCAAAGCAGUCCAAACAGUCAAAGAAGUCGAAAAGUAGCAAAAAAUCCAAGUCCAGUAAAAGCACCGACAAACUAAAGAAAAAACCCAAACCCACCACCCUCCAAUUCGGCAUCUUCUCCCUCACCUCGUCGACGGGCGUCGUCGACCCGAACGAAGAAAUCAUCGUCGACAUCAGAUCAAAACCCAAAGAAGCCGGCAAGUUCGAAGAGACCAUCAUCGUCCACGUGAGCGAACCCUCCUUCGCCGACCAGAACGGCAAAGUCAUGAAAGUCCACGUCAUAGCCUGCGAGCCCAAAGUCAACUUCGACGAGAUCCACAACAUCUUCAAAGAGCAAUACGUGGUGGAGAAAAUGGACGACUUCCUCGCCACCAACAUCGAAACGAAGAUCGUCUUCUCACGAUCCGAGAUGAAACUAAAAUUCAACAAAAUCUGCGUCAACACUACCGAGACGACGCGCAUCAGGAUCCAGAACAUCGGACACGUGACGGCCCACGUGACAGCGAGAUUCUCCAAUGCGAACCACGUCUUCACCGUGACACCAGACGCGUUUUCGAUUGAUCCGUACCAGACGGAGAACGUGAUGAUCGUCUACACCCCGAAUUCGCUGGAUGAACAUAUUGCUGUUUUGACGUUCGAGUGUAGGGGGUUCAAGACCGUGGACACGCUGGUGGUGGAAGUUAUAGGAGAGGCUUGCGUUCCCGAGAUUGGUCUUGUGGAGCCGGAAACGGACGAAGCUUCGUUCGUCAUGCUAGAUUUUCCACCGACUUUGCUAGGGAAUUGUUCGACUCAGAACGUGGUGUUCAAGAACGUCGGGGCUAUUCCUUGUAAGGUUAUCGUGGAGGUGUGCUUUGAUGAGCAUGACCAGUUGACUUUGAUUCCGGCGGAGGAAACGAUCUGCAACUUAAACCUAUGGGACCCUGAUGUCCCCAUGAAGCACACAAUUCUGGUCAACUUGGAGUGCAAAGCUGUUGCUAAGUUCACGCUCCAGUUCCAACCUCACAAAAUCGGGACGUGGAAGACCGAAGUGAAGAUUCACACCGUGAAUAACCCUUUCGAACUGAAAAGGAUCCACGUGUUUGCAGAAGGUUACUACAUGGACGUGAUUUUUGAAGGCCUCCCAGGUUACUCGAGAAGUUCGUCCAUUGAAUCCAUUGACUCAAGUCCAAUUCUGGCUUAUUCUUUGGACUACGGUUACGUCAAUUUGAACACACUGGUGAAGAAAUGUUUCUUAAUUAGGAACAAUUCGGACGUGCACACUUACAAGUUCGAGUUUCCGAAUUACAACGAAGUGAUUUUUAGCCCGUCUGUCGGACACAUUCGCCCACAAACCAACAAACAAAUUCUGGCUGUGUUUCUAUCAAGAAAUCCGGUGGUUCUGAGCGAGGCCCGGAUCGACUGUAAAUUGUAUCAAAUCGAGUACGAAGAACCACAACCGAACCUUUUAUCUUGGGACGACCGACAGCACGUGGUCAUUUGGUCCAGCCCACCCGACCAACCCGACACCAGCGUCGAAAUCCAAAGCGAAAGCGAGAGUAAAACACCAAGCACGACAUCGGUAAACUUGGUCGAAGACAUCUGCCUCAGCAUGAAGAAAAUCGAACAAAACCCAGAACCCAAAAUCACCAUGGUCCCCAGCUCCUGGCAAAACAUAGUAGUUUUCCUUUGCGUAGUGGCAGGUUACGCGAGUUUCUUCGUCGGGACUGAAGAACUCCAGAUUUCGGACACUUUCAUCAUGAAUAAAAACUCAGUCACGUUUGAAGUGGAAAACACCGGAAACAUGGUCUUGAGGACCUGCUGGUCGAUAACAUUGCACGAACUUCCGAGACGCAUCAACUCGUGUAACAGUCUUGACGAAGUGGUCGACAAGUUCCAAUCUAUAGGGAGUUUCAAACGCGAACCGACUCCUUUGUGUGGACGAGAAAGCUUCGCCUACGAGGAUCCUCUACCCCGACGCGCUUCCGCCUCGACUCUCUUCAGCUGCGAAACUCUAGAGACCAACCGAAGCGGGGAUUCCUGGACCGACGCUCACUCGUUGCCGUUUGUGGUAACCCCAGACAAAACCACCAUUGAACCCAACUCCAAGAAGACUCUCACUGUGACGUUUGCACCACUGGACGUCUUCGACUACGUGGUCAAACUGAAAGGUUUCGUCGAGAACAAAGAUCCAGCAGCGAAGGAAAUCGAGAUAACGGUUAAAGCUCGCAGUAUUCUCCCUUUGUACUGCUUCGACUUGGAGCCCAGCGACUACGUGGAGACGCGGCGACGAGGCAGGAAAACUUGCAACGAGCUGCUAAACGAAAACACGAGAGUGGUGGAGUUUGAGUCGAUAGGUCUAGGGAUCAUCUGCACGAGGAAAUUUUACUUGAAAAACCCAACCAAAGAGGAAUUUAUCUACACGUGGCAACCAGCCGUGAAGUUCAGUCCUGAGCUCUCCUGCUUCCACUGCCACACCCCCAACGGGACUCUAGCUAAAGGCAAAACGGCGGAAAUGGUCUUCAGUUUUAUCCCUCAAGCCUGUGGCAUCUUCGAAGAGUUUUACUUUUUCCAUAUACCGCUGCGUGACAUUGAAGCCGUCUUCCUCUUGGUGGGUACCGCCCGCGAGCCAAGAAUCUACUUCGAGAAAAGCCACGUCGCCCUACCACCUACGGUGGUCGGAAUCGACGUCACCCAGAACGUCAUGCUCAAGAACGAAGAAUCCGAAAAGUACCACUUCAAGUUCGGAAAACUACCCAUGAUGUCGGACGGUUUAAGCAUCCAACCGUCCCAAGGGUUUUUGGAACCCAACGAGGUUCUUCCAAUUCGAGUGUUUUACAGCCCCAAGAAACAAUCUUCGGCGACCAUCGACCUCAAAUGCUUCGUGGAAAAGAUCAAAGUCCCUUUGGAACUCAACAUUUCGUGCAGCUGUUUUCAGGUUGAAGCCAUAACUGCGUACGUCGAUUACAGCGGCAAGGAAAUUCCACUGUUGCCACACAGAGUCAACACUAUCAAUAUGGGUGCGAUGGUGCCGCACCAGAAAUACGAAAUACCCAUUGUUAUUACCAACAUUGGGAAAACGGGCUUCCAGUGGUACUGGGACAUGAGGAUAGCUAAAAUCGCCGGGCUGUUUGACAUUUUGUUUGAUUCUAACGACGAAAUCUUGCAACCUAAGGAAAUUAUGAAGACUAGAAUUGUUAUCACGCCGUUGAUAAGGUGUCAGAUGCAGCCGCACAGAAUUUACCUCAAGAUUGCGUAUGGUCCCAGUUACGCCCUACAACUCACCGGAAGCGCGGGAAAACCCCCCUACAAACUAUCCUUCUCAGAGUACGACUUUGGUCCCUGUCUGGUACAGACCGCAGCCACCAAGUACUACAAAACUGUACUCAACUUCAACAACUAUAACAUUUUUCCAAUGACGUUGGAAAAAGGCAAACAUGAAGCCCACAUUUCGACGGACUUUAAGUGUGACGAAGUCGCACCUCAAGCCCAGAAGAACAUCACUAUCUACUUCCAUCCGAUGAUUCUAGGGGAACACCGUCUAGAGCUCCCUCUGUACAUAGAGAGCAAAAAAACCCAUGUCACAAUUCUAGGAAAAGCAGUACCUCUAAAACUGACACUCGUAGACCAGGUUGACAAAUUCGUCGACCUGGGUUCGAUUCUGGUGGGCAAAACCCAAACCAAAACCAUUCGUGUGACGAACGAGUGUGAAUGCUAUCUGAACAUUAUUUUCAACUUCUGGGAUAGGCUUCCGAAGAAACCUAUGAAGGAAACACCAGAGGGUACAAUCGAGAUACCACAAGAAGAGGAACCACCGAGUCCCAAAGAGAAGAAGAAGGGAAAGAAGGACAAGUCUAGCAAAAGCUCUAAGUCGUCGAAGAGCAAAAAGAACAAAGGCGCCAAGAAAAAGGGUAGCAAGAAGAGCGUGAAAAGCAAGAAGAGCAACAAAUCCAAGAAGACCAAGAAGAGCAAAAAGUCCAAAAAAUCCAAGAAGAGCAAAAAAUCAGAAGAGACGAUAACAGAACCGGUACCUGCGGAACCACCCCCAGUCUCGAAACGCGGUAUUGAUUUCAUGACCAUCACCCCUGAAAAGUUCCUGCGGGUAGGGCCUCAAAGAACCACAGAGUUCACGAUCACUUUCAGUCCGACAGAAAAGGUGGACUCUUUCAUUGAAAAGAUCUACUACCAAAUCCAGAACUACGUCGACUGUAUUUGUAUGGUGAAGGGUAAAUCGAUUGCUCCGAACAUCUCCCUGGACCGCAACCAGCUAACUUUUGGCAACGUUGUGGUCAAUUUCGAGGGGGUGAUGAACGUGGUACUACGCAACACCGGCGACUUGGCACUGAAGUUUAAGUGGCUUCUAGACAAAAAAGACACCGACUUUUCCAUUUCGCCCAACAAGGGGUACAUCCUUCCUGGAACCGAUUUGAUUUUUAACGUCUACUUUCGCCCGAAAGCAGUCAAAUGUUGGAUUAAAUCCAAACUGAUUUGCCACAUUGCCAACAUCAACAAACAACUGGAACUGUCAGUUUCGGGCUCUUGCAUUAACGUUCCUCCUCCAAAGGGCGUAAUUUCCUUCAUCUGCCCAGUUCGGGAAUCGGUCACUAAAACAAUAGCCAUUUCUAACCCGAGCAAUCAAUUUUGGGAGCUGGCGCCCCACAUUUCUGGUGACCCUAGCUUCAAGACGAUGGAAAUCACCCGAAUUCCUCCACGAAGUGAAGACCAGAUUGAAAUUGUUUUUACUCCGUUCACCAUGAACGCAAAAGAUGCAACACUUUGCGUUCCUACCCCUCAAGGUUUUAUAAUAUCUUACACUUUGAAAGGGGUUGUGGAAGGUCCCACUCCUGGUAAAAUUAGUAGGGAAGUUUUGUGUAAAGUGCAACAUGUGGAGAGAAUCCCUGUGAAGAACUGGUUGCUGGCGAAGCAACAAUUUCACGUUUCUACGACCAUCAAUGGACCAGUGAGUGCGAAGAAGCUGUUUUCGGUUGGAGGGAACGCUUUGAUUGAGGUACCACCGAAUGGUUCUAGGUUUUAUGAUUGGAUGAUCACCCCCAUCAACGAGGGACACUUGGAACUGAAGGUCAACUUCACGAAUAAAGUAUCCAAGGAGUAUCAAUGCUACGAAGUUUCUUUAACAGUACUACCCAAUAAUCAGCUAGAUGUGAUUGAGUUCAAGACGUGUGCUAGAAACUCGAUUACGAAGUUGAUCAAACUGGAAAAUCCUCUGUCAGUACCGGUGACUUACGAAAUGACUUGUCCUCAAGAGGGUCUAGAGUAUGAGAAGACUGUCACUCUUGACCCACACACGGUGUACUAUAUGGACGUUACUUAUAGACCUCUGUUCCAAGAAGAACAAACCAAAACUUUUAGCGCUACUUGCAAAGAGAUGGGUACUUUUUCGUACAGUUUGGUACUAAGUGCUCAAGCGGCGGUACCCGAGCCUGCGAUCAUGUUCAGGAGUACUUUGGGACAUUCGUUGACCCAAAAUGUAGAAGUGGUUGAUACAAAAUCGUGUCAAUAUAAAUUUGAAAGCCCGAUGUUCUUUUUAAACUCGGUUGUGAAUGACCACACCCUGAGCAUCACUUACGAGCCCAGUCAGAUUGGAAGGAUUCAGAGUCAGAUGGUUUUGAAGUCAACAGCUUUGGGAGAUUUUAUAUAUCCUCUUAUUGGUGAAAGCUCUCCGCCCAAACCUCAAGGACCUUUCUUCCUAAACUCUUCGUCUCCUGUCACCAUCAACUUCAAGAACCCGUUUUCUGAAGACAAACAGUUCUAUUUUCACACUGAACCAAGUGACUUUUCCGUCAAGCAGACAACUCAAUUGGUUGAAUCCAAGAAGGUGCUGAAGGUGGUGGUUAGUAUGUGGAAACAGAGUAACGAUGAAGUGACGUAUCCUGCGACGGGAAAAUUGACCAUUAGCUGUCAAUCGCCACAUAUUUCUUGGGUUUAUUAUUUACAAGAAGAUGUUUAAAUAAAUGGUUUCGUACUUUA